CGCCGCAGCAGGUAAUCAAGACACUGAGAGACGCCUAGAGUGUGUGCUACAGAUCAUUUUACGCCAUCUCACCUUGUAUCAUUAGUGGUAGCAGCUAAAUCCCCGGUGACCUCACCAAUGCCAAAACAUGAUGCGUUCAAGGACGUCACUGCGGGAUGACCCGUGGUUCGGUGUUGACUCCCGCUGGAGCUGGGUGACGGCGGGCUUCCUUAGCUGGCUGCUGUCCGCGGCCACAGUUUCUCAACAAGCCCUGGCUGUUUUCUUCUACGGCAUCGUGCACAGCUACGGCGCCAGCAGGGGAGAGGCGUCGUGGCCACUCAUACUGUGCGGCAGCUGCACCUGCUUGGGCGGGCCACUUAUGGGAUACCUCUGUCGCCGUGCUUCCUGUCAAGUAGUAUUAUUAGUCUGCACAGUGGCAGCCGGCAUCGCACUCUGCAUCUGCUCCUUGGCUGACAGCAUUCUUAUACUUACAUUCUUCUUUGGCAUUGUACUUGGUGUAUCACAGGCGGGCAUCCACGUUGCAGUCAACGUCCUAGCUUCGCAGCAUUUCGACAAGAGGCGCGCAACCGCCUGCAGCGUCAUCUUUUUCUUCGCUGGCCUCAACAUGCUGUUUGUGCCGACGCUUGCAGAGUUCUUCCGUGUCACCUACGGCAUUCGCGGCACUUUUCUGCUUUUGGCUGGCAUGACCUUGAACGCGUGUCCAGCAGUUAUCGUCACCCGAAGCCCAGAAUGGAUGACGCGCGAGCUUAGCUCCUCCACAGUUCUACACGUCGGAGCUUUGGAAAAGCCAGCAGUUACGGCAGAAGAGCAACUACUGCCUUCUUUCCAAUCGAGAACACAAAGCACUGUCGAAACAGGCGAAUCAUCUACUCCAAACGUGAAAAAUCUAGGUGGCAAUGAAAUUCCGGUAUUCUUCAGAAACAGCAUCGUAACUAAAACCGUUCGCCUGAUAGCGCCAUGCCGCAAACCCGUAGGACUGAAUCAAGAAAGGCGACGCGGCUUCGCCACAGAAUUCAAACAAUUCUGGACCCUGGCCUUCGCUGUCAACGCCUUGUCGUUCGCCGUUAUAAUGUUUGGGGUGGCAUCAUUCCUUCUGCUUUCAGUGGACAUUGCGACUGAUAAGGGUGUCGCUCCAUAUCAAGCAGUCUUUCUGCUCAACGCCUUUGCCGUUGGCGAUAUUGUGUUUAGGCCGCUCAGUGGCCUCGUUAUCGACUCAGGACUUCUAUCAUUGGAAGGUGUAAUGCUUUUAGGAUUCUUCCUUCAGUGCAUCGCCUAUGAGCUCUUGGUGUGGCUAAGGACAUUCGUGUCACUGCUGGCCUGUUCUGUGCUUGCUGGCGUCAGCAAUGGAUUAAGGGCUUCGUUGCAAGCCCCGUGUCUGGUAAACGACUUCGGAGUCGACUCACUGCCACUGCUGAUGGGUGGAGUCAUAUUCUGCAAUGGCGUCAUUCUUCUGACAAGACCACUUCUCGUUGGAUACUGUCGAGAUCACCACGGAUCCUACGACUUGCUACUUCAUAUGAUAGCUGGCGCGAGCAUUGUCCUCUGCUGCGUGUGGGCUGCUAAGUAUUAUGCACGCAGGAGAAAGCAUAGAUAGCCGCAAGUGAAAAUUAUUUAUUUCAUAUUUGCGUAAAGUAAUCUCCAGAGAACAAAGCAUUUGAGCAUGUCCAUGCCGAGCCAAUUUCAUGUUCAAGGAUAGUGGCGAUUUUCUAAGGUCACAGAAAGCAAAUCUGUGAGCACGCCGAGUUGCAAAAUACAACAGAAAAUUUCAGUUUGGCGUAUUUUAGGACGUCGUGUCGUUAUUGAUCGGUAUUUUUUUAAAUAGUCCACAGAGAGCUCUUUAGGACUAUGUAAAUUUGUUAGUGCAAGAAUUAAAAAGUGAAACAAUAAAAAUUUCUUAC